UCAGACUCUCAGUGUCUCACUGCAUAUAUGAAUAUACGAAAUUACGAGAGAGAGAGAGAGAGAGAGAGAGAAGCGUUAAUCUGAAUGGGUUACAUCCACCAUGGAAGAACCGGUCUCAGGCACAUACUCAGAUUCAGAACCGCCACCGGCGUGGUCUCAAACUCCGGCAGAUCGCAAUCGCGCGCUGCAUUCCCCUCCCAUUCCCCUAUCCUCGGCAACGUGCUUUUUUUCUCAACAGGCGAUAAAUACCUCAACGAAAUUACCGCAGAGGUGGAACGCGACAGGCGCAGGGAGCGAAACGAGCGUUUGCGCCUCGGCCUCGACACCGCCGACAUCGACACGGAGUCGGAGCAGGACUACAUGGGCGUGGGGCCCCUCAUCGCGAAGCUCGAGAAGGAGAUGCUCAAGGAAUCCCCCGAGCUGAACCGCUACGAGGAGCCCACCGACUCCGACGACGACUCCGACGAGGAAACCAAGGACGAGGCGGACAAGAAGAUGAGUGACUUCGAGAAGAAAAGAGACAAACACACGGACCUGCUCAAGAACUUCAUCGAAGCCGAAACCCUAGAUGACGCGUUUAAGUGCAUGACCAAAAUAGACAACUUCGAAAACAAGCAUUUCCGCCUCCGGUCCGAGUAUAGGGUUAUCGGCGAGCUCAUGAAUCGGCUUAAGGUCUCGACGGAGCUGAAGGACAAGUUUGUUUUGCAGAACAAACUUAAUAGGGCGUUGAGGUUGGUGCGAUGGAAGGAGGCUUAUGAUCCUGAUAACCCUGCGAAUUAUGGUGUGAUUCAGCGUGAGCAGCCGACGGCGGAUGCGAAGGAAGAGGCUGAGUUCGAGAAGGAGAAGCAGAAGCAGAUCGAGGAGGGAGAUAAUGCUGAUGCUGAUGAUGAUGAUGAGCAGGAGUUUGAUGACAUGAAGGAGAAGGAUAAUGUACUGAUGGCCAAACUUGAGGCUAUUGAUAGGAAGCUCGAGGAGAAGUUGGCGGAGCUCGAGUAUACGUUUGGGAGGAAGGGGAAGGCGCUCGAGGAAGAGAUCAAGGAUCUUGCUGAGGAGAGAAAUGAAUUGACUGAGCAGAAAAGAAAGCCUCUUUACCGGAAGGGUUUUGAUACGAGAUUGAUAGACAUGAACCGAACUUGUAAAGUCACAAAGGGAGGACAAGUUGUGAAGUAUACUGCUAUGGUAGCUUGUGGCAACUAUAAUGGUGUUAUUGGUUUUGCAAAAGCCAAAGGCCCUGCAGUCCCAGUUGCCCUUCAAAAGGCGUAUGAGAAAUGCUUCCAGAAUUUGCAUUAUGUAGAGCGACAUGAGGAGCAUACAAUUGCACAUGCAGUACAAACGUCAUAUAAAAAGACCAAGGUUUAUCUCUGGCCUGCUCCUACUACGACUGGCAUGAAAGCCGGCAGAUCAGUUGAAGCCAUACUUCAUUUAGCUGGUUUAAAGAAUGUCAAGUCAAAGGUCAUUGGUUCCAGAAAUCCUCAUAAUACAGUUAAGGCUGUCUUCAAAGCACUAAAUGCGAUUGAAACGCCAAGGGAUGUCCAAGAGAAGUUUGGCAGGACUGUGGUUGAGAAGUAUCUGUUGUGAUGGACAUGGCAAUGUGGUCAGUUCAGUUGCCUUUGGCGGUUGUCUUCCAUUGGAUCUCUUAAUUUGUACUUUUUAUUCACGUGCAUUUACCAAGAAUUGGAAGAGAUUUUCCCGAAUGCAUUACAGGUGAACAUUAGCUAUGGAAUUUUGGCUGUAACUUUUUGUUCGUAAACACAAAAGGAACAAUAGUUUAGGUUAAUGUUUGUUUUUCCUCACUUUUAAUGAGGCAUUCUACCCAUACCCCUUUUAGCCGGAUACAAUUUACAUUUACAAUCUCUCAAACUCAAGCCUUGAAAAGGAUAGUCAAAAGUUUGAGCACACAACUCAAUGAAUGAUGUUUAGCAAAAUAAGUGUUCCUUUGUCUACAGAGAUAUAUAGAUUGGAAACUUGGUUGAGUAGAAGUUGCAGAUGAUGUA